CUGAGGAAAGCCAACAAGUUGCCCCUUAGCAGCUCAGCAACUUUUGCUUCUCUGGUUCCAGCAGCACAUCUGGACUAAAAACCUUUCCAAGAGGACGUUUUUUUUAGCUGUGAAGAACCUUCACCUUUAUCUACCAAUGGAUCCAACGGAAUACCCUUACAGCUACGAUUAUUAUGAAGAUAACGAGACGGUGUGCGACUACUCAGAAUGGGAGCCAUCCUACUCGCUCAUUCCAGUCCUCUACAUGCUCAUCUUCAUCCUGGGCCUCUCUGGGAACGGUGUGGUCAUCUUCACCAUGUGGCGCUCGGCCAAGUCCAAGCGGCGUGCUGCAGACGUCUACAUCGGCAACCUGGCUCUGGCUGACUUGACCUUCGUGGUGACCCUGCCGCUCUGGGCUGCAUAUACAGCUCUAGAGUACCACUGGCCCUUUGGCGUAGCGCUCUGCAAAAUCAGCAGCUAUGUGGUCCUGGUGAACAUGUACGCCAGCGUCUUCUGCCUGACCUGCUUGAGCUUUGACCGCUACCUGGCCAUCGUGCACUCGCUCAGCAGCAGCCGACUCCGAUCCCGAAGUACCAUCAUGGUAUCGCUCGGUGCCAUCUGGCUCCUGUCCGGGACUCUUGCAGCACCCACGCUGCUCUUCCGCACCACGGUGGACGACGGCAACCGCACAACAUGCGCCAUGGACUUUAGUUUGGUGACUAUGAACCAGCACCACGAGUCACUCUGGAUCGCUGGGUUGAGCUUGUCCUCGUCUGCGCUCGGCUUCUUGCUGCCGUUCCUGGCUAUGACCGUGUGCUACUGCAUGAUCGGCUGCACAGUGGCGCGCCACUUUGGCCACCUGCGGAAGGAGGACCAGAAGAAGCGGAGACUCUUGAAGAUCAUAACCACCUUAGUGGUGGUGUUUGCUUUGUGCUGGACGCCGUUCCACGUCCUGAAGAGCAUGGAUGCUCUGUCAUAUCUGGGGCUCGCCCCGACCUCGUGUGGCUUCCUGCACUUCUUACUCCUGGCGCAUCCGUACGCAACCUGCCUGGCGUACGUCAACAGCUGCCUCAACCCGUUCCUGUACGCCUUCUUCGACCUGCGCUUUCGCUCGCGCUGCCUGUGCCUGCUCAGCCUGAAGAAGGUCGUGCACGGCCAUGUCAGCUAUGCGUCGUCCACGCUCAGCGCGCAGACCCAAAAGUCUGAGCUGCACUCACUCGCCACCAAAGUGUGAGGGGACGACGAGCUCAUGGAGACGAGGAGAAGCAGAAAAGCGGAGGUGAGACGAGACGUGGGGAGAGGCCAGACGGCUGGUCCGAUAAUCUGGAGACUCGACUCGGCUGGGCUGAGACCUGGACGAGAAAUGUUUUGACUGGAGAAAUGAGAUAAGGGACUUAAUCUGUCUCCGUCUAUCUGUUGGACUUGAAGUGAAGCUAUGUGUGUUAUGUACAGUGUAAAUAAUGCCCACAAAUUAGCCUGCUCUACUGUAUGAUAUACAGUACAUGAUAUAUGAGUGUGUGUGUGUGUGUGUGUAUGCUAGUAUGUCAUCUGUGACAGGGAAGAAAAAGUUUGUGCCCCGUCCUCUUCCCACACAGAGCUGAUGAGAGAACUCUAUGGAUUGUAUGUGAAUGUACAUGUGUGUAUUAGGGGUGGGCGAUAUGAUAUUAUGGUAAUAUUAGUAUCAUGGGUAUCAUUCCUUUUCUGUAAACGUCCAUUUAAAAAUCUAAACACUUUGUUUUUACUUGUUUGUUGGUGCUGUGAGAAAAUUCAGUAUUAAGACGUGAUAAUACCAGGUUAUUAUAAUACGUUCCCGUAUCGCCCACCCCGGGUGUGUAUCUACGUGUGUGUGUAUCUACACUGGUCGAAAACUACAAAUUGUACAGUAUUUUCAUACUAUAUGUGCGGUAGGUGUGUCGUGUCUGUAGCACUUGUGUAAAUGAAGAUAUAAAUGCAUGAGGUCGUGUAAUGAGCCCUCCUUCUUGGUGUGUGUUUGUCGAUUAAAUCUUCAAAGCACGUAUGUGUGUGUGUGUGUUGGAGGGGGGUUAGUAGCUAAAGUAAAGGUGUUGUGGCUUAAUUAGCUAGUUUAAAGAGUGGGCACAGAGACACGGGAGGAGGAGACGAGGCAGACAGACAGAUGGCAGCUGACAAAUGUCUCUGGGAAAGAAGGGUAGGAGGUUUGGAUGGAGGGUAGAAAGGUGAUACGCAGAGGGGGAGAGAGGGGUGAUAACAGAGGCCUCAUGAAUGAUGUUUUAUUUUUGCUGACCUUUCUGUAACUAACUACUGUAUUAAAGAUAUUAUAAAGGAAUCAA